CGCGCGCCGCCGCCGGUCACGUGCCCCUUCUGUGGUCACGUGCCCCGUGUUUACCUCGGUCGGCACCGCGGCGGGCUCACCAUGUCCCUGCCAGCAAAGAGGUGUGGAAGGCCCCCGGUGUUGUCCUUCCUGGAAAAGAAAAAGAGGAAGCAAAGUCUUGAUAGAAGAAGGGGCAAAACGAGGAUUUAUGUGGGAAAUCACAUUGAGCGGUGGCUGACACUUAAGGAGAAGCUGGAUUUCAGGAACGAUGCAGAAGUUGCAGGGUUUUUAUUGGAUUUGUAUGACAGCUACGACCCACUGUCAAAAGCCCCGCUCUGUCCCCUCCCUGAGGGUGUCAGGAGGAUCACUGUGAAGGAAGAAAGAGCUCUGUCAGGCAGCACAUCUCUAAUAGCAGCAGAUGGGACGUAUGACAAUGAUGAGCAGCUGCAUAAAGAAUCUGCUUGUUCUGGCCUGGGAGAUGUGAGAGUUGUGACUGUGAAGGAGGAGCAAGAGACACCCCAGGACUGUGUGCUGGCACGGGCAGAUGACACUGCUGUGCUCAGCGAGGCCACCCCACCAUCGCCUGCUGGUCUGUGUUACUGCAGUGUCUCCAGUAACUGAGGCAUUCCCAUUGAGAUCAGAGGAGCCUCCAAUAGGGGGACACAGAGGCCGUAGGACACUGCACUGGCAUUGCAUGGUGUGUCCAAACCCCUCGCUAAGAUGGUGAAUAGGUGAACAACCUGAGGUUCUGAAAGCAGUUCCAUGGCACAGAAGAAUUCUUGGAAGCUAGGGCAGGAGAAAACAAAUACCAGUGCUGAUGAAGCCGAAAAAUUCAAGUACAUUCUUCAAAACAGCAUUUUUCACUGGCAAUGUAAUUUUAGUUUGGAGUGCAGCAAUAAUUGAAUUCCUGGGACUGAUUUGAUACAGGGUGAGCAGCAAGAAGAAAAUCGAGCUCUUGCAUAACAAUACUGGGGCAGUUUUUGGUCUGUUUUGAUUUUGCUGUGAGGGUAUUGUGAACUGUAAGUUGUAUGAAACUCCAUGUUAUGUGUUGAACAGCACAUUAAACUUAAUUCCCUG